AUGGCACAACUAUCAGACCUGCCACUGGAGAUUAUUCUCGAAAUCUGCUCUUUUGUGCGACCUGAUCUCCACGGCAAGGAUAUCCUCGACGGAAAAGAGUCCGGCAAAGUCGAUCAGUAUCAGGAGGUCCUCCGCGACCGCCGCAACUUGAAGUCGUUGAAAAGCUUUUGCCGCACUUGCAAGAAGUACAACAACCUCCGAGACACCCUACUCUUCACCACGAUCGUUUCAAACCAAGACUUCAAAGAAGACGCCGUCUGGGAUCUGAUAACCAUGAUCGGCGGGCUCCUAAACAACCCGGGAGGACGAGUUCGCACCCGCAGCCUCCAUCUGUUCUUUUACACCGUGGAAGAUGAGCGGACGGUGAGAGCUCUGGAGAACGCCGCCGCCGCCGUGGGCAUCGACACAACCAAGUUGAUUCUCGACCUGUUCGGAGACGAUCGAAAAUUCAUCACUCUCAAAGACGUCGUCAACCACACCGUGUACCUACGUUGCGACUGUAUCUUAGGCUACGUAACGCUGCUUCUCAUUCUCCUCUUGCCUAAGGUCCAAGAUCUCACUCUCGUGAUCAGCCUGCACGCCUACCACUGGAUGAUUCACAUCUGGGCAAAGGCACGUUGCAUCGGGCUUCCCCACGCGGCUAUUCUACGACUCAAAACCCUCGCUAUCAGCAUCACCUCCUUCAAGUACCGAGACGACGAUCGCGACAGAGGUUUCCGUUCCAUGUUCGGCAUGCAGCCAUCCUGCGAGGUAUAUGGACAGAUGUGCGAGUUCCAAGCCACGCAGAUGACUGAGUCCAAAAUAACCUCACUGACUCUCAACCUAUCGCCUAUCAAGACCCCAGAGCUGUGUCGACUUAUCCAAAGGCUUACGACGCUGAAAAAAUUCAUUCUCGUCGGCAACGUGCAACCGAUCAGUAUCGCAGACACGAUUGAGGCGUUGAAGAAACAUGCCCGUACUCUGCACACUCUGGGCUUCAAGAGACGACCUUUGGCCGAGGACAAAGACAACGAGUACGCCAUCGCCGACCUCAGAGACUUCGUCUCCCUAGAGAAGCUUUGGAUCACCGCCGCGCUGCUAAGUGCAGUCGACGAAUCUGGUCAGAAGCAGAAGGCGCCUGCUGAACAUCCUCCCACGAAGUGUGAGAAACGGCCCUCUGACGUUGACAACGUCUUUCUGAAGCUUCCAACCUCCCUCAAGAAGCUUCACCUGGACGGCCACACGAAGCACCUCGUCGAGGAUUUCCGCCGCUUUUCGCAUGGAGUUCAGCGUGGGGACUAUUCCAUCAACUUCACUCUGUCGUUGAGCCGUACCAGCGGCGCUGGCAAGAAAGUGAUCAAUAUGUUUUACAAGCUGAAGCACCAAGUCGUCGUCGGCGAUGGCCGUCCUGUGCUAUGGUAG